AUGAAAGCUCUAUAUUUAUUGUGUCUAUUUUGCUUUGGAGUUUCGACGCGAAAGUUUGUUGAUCCAGUUGCCAAAACUAGUCCCGAACACAAAAAUGGUGUCUUCUACCUGAAAAAUGGCUUGCAAAGGUCGUACAAUACGUUUUUGUUUGAUGUACCACUCGAUCAUUUCUCGUAUAUCAACGAUAUCACUUUCAAGAUAAGAUACAUGGUCAAUUUGGACUCCUACAAGGCUGGAGGACCAAUUUUCUUUUAUACGGGCAAUGAGGGAACGAUUACAGGCUUCAUUGAGAAUACGGGAUUAAUGUGGGACAUUGCUCCAAUGUUCAAUGCGGCUCUUGUUUUUGCUGAGCACCGUUAUUAUGGAGCUUCUCUACCACCGAAUGCGUACAAAAACGUUUCCACCACCGGCUUUUUAACUUCGGAACAAGCACUUGCUGAUUUCGCGGAAUUGAUUUAUUUCUUGAAAACACCGACUGGACAUCAAGACAAUUCUCCUUCAUUUACCGCGACAACAAAAGUGAUAGCUUUUGGUGGAUCCUAUGGUGGAAUGCUUUCGGCUUGGUUUCGCAAAAAAUACCCUGAUGUAGUGAUUGGAGCUUGGGCCUCGUCGGCUCCGCUUACGAAUUUCAAUGGCGGUGGUGUGGAUUGGGGAUUUUUUGAUGCGAUCACUACAAGAACGUAUCAAGAAAGUGGAUGUAACAUCAAAAACAUUCGAGCUGGAUGGGAUGCUAUUUUGCGAUUAUCGCAAACAGCCGAUGGACAACAAUAUUUGAAUCAAGCUUUCAAUAUUGAUCCGAAAUCUUUGAUCAAAGAUAUUAAUGGAGGAUACAAUUUAUAUUACUAUGUGAGAACGGCGCUUGAAUAUAUGGCAAUGACCGAUUAUCCUUAUCCAUCGAACUUCUUACAGCCGAUGCCUGGAUGGCCUGUGAAAGAAGCUUGUAAAUUCUUCUCAACCAAUACAACCUUCAGUGAUCGAACUUUAGCGGGAAUGCUCUUUAGUGCAUCACAAAUCUAUUACAAUUACAAAAAUGAUCCCAGCUAUAAACCAUGUAUUGAUUCAGCGAUUUGCGAUGAUGACUCUUUGGGGAAUCUUGGAUCGGGACAAGGAUGGGACUGGCAGGAAUGCACAGAGAUUGUGAUCGAGAUGUGCGCUCGGGGAAACACGUCUUUUUAUUACGAUGAAUGCUCUCCGCCUCCACUUUCUGCAAUGCUUGAUUACUGUCAAUCCGCGUUCACAAAACAAAGAGACGGCACUGACUUUGGUUGGAAGAAAGGGAUGUUGCGAGAGAAUGGAGUCCGAAAUCUUUACGGGCUUACCCUAAGUGCGGCUAGUAACAUCAUACUUACACAAGGGCAUUUGGAUCCAUGGAGUGGUGGCGGAUAUCAGAAAACGGAUCCGUAUGCGAAUCCUUUCAAUGGGAUCUAUAUUUUCGAAAUCCAAGGCUCAGCACAUCACCUCGAUCUUCGACAACCAAACACCUGUGAUCCGAAUACGAUCAUGAAUGCGCGUUACCAGUUAGUCGGAGUGUUGCAAUGCUGGUUGAGGAAUGGAUGUAAAAAUGCUUUCCUCGCCGAUUUGCCUCCACUCGUUGACAAUUCAAAAGGAAAUUGUACAGAUGUGAUCAAUGGAUAUCCAUGGGGUCAAGCA